AUGAACGGUAUUCCCAACGGCAUCCAUGGGACGAAUUACCAUUACUCGGAGCGGCCUUCAUCACGGCAGGCUUUGAGCAAUGGCCAGUAUACUUCGCAACAGCAAGCCACCGGUGGCUCCACCGCCAGGGCGCGAGGCCAGUCGAUUGGUGUUAAUGGCCACACAACAGACCCACCUCCCGCGACUGCGUUGUACGUUCGAGCACUUUACGACUAUCAUGCCGAUGAUAGAACAAGUCUCAGUUUUCGCCAAGGAGAAACAAUUCAAGUCCUCACACAACUAGCAAGUGGUUGGUGGGACGGGGUGAUCAAUGGCGUUCGCGGCUGGUUCCCUAGCAAUUACUGCGUUGUUGUUCCAGGUCCAGGCGAGUCCUCGUUAAGUAAUAGCCAGCAGCUCAAUGGCGGUGAUAUAUCGGCUGAGUCGGGUACGGAGGAUGAAUAUGAAGAAUAUGAAGACGUGCAACAUAAUAGCCAUUCCCACAACCGAGAGGAACCCACCUUGUCGGCAGAGGAGGCCGAGUCGAAAGAGCAAGAAGAGGCUGCAUUUUGGAUACCUCAAGCAACACCGGAUGGAAGAUUAUUCUACUUCAACACUCUCACUGGAGUGUCGAGGGUGGAACUUCCUCUCGAAGCUCCCACCUCGGCCAAUGAAAUGGGCCCCCGCGAUCGCAUGAAUAUCCAUGUGCCCGACCAGACAAGACCGCCACCAGAGAUGAUGGCUGGAGGCUUCGUGCGGGACGAAGAUGAAUAUGAUGAGGGUGAAUCGGCAUCUGAGGUAGAGGAGUCUUUCAUGCUGCAAGGGUCACGUCCAAGGAGGCGGAACUCGUACCUAUCUGAGGGCAUUUCACCUGCGGCCUCACAAGAAUCCUUUAAUUCACCUUACCCGUCAAAUAGAGAUUUUGACUACCAAGCCACCAGUAUGGAUGCGGUCGCACAAGGGCAACUCGGCAUUGCAGGUACUACACCAUUCACGAGUAAUGCGCUCAGCCAAAUGUCUGGCACGAGUGUGCCGCAAUCUUUUGUCGACGAGGGCGGUAUGAUCCCAGUCACCUGGAAUAGGCUCAUCGACAACAUCAGUCGCGCGAUUGAAUCCUACAAGCAAGUCAUCAACAAUGCCGACCGGUCCGAAUUCGUUCGCAAAGCUGAGGACAUAUCGGAUCACUCACGCAUGCUCUUAGCCGCUGGUUCAGGUACAACUGACAACCACUCUGGCAACCCCUCUAUCAUAUCGAUCAAUAAGGCUCUCUACCCUCAUUACCGAGACAUGAUGUCGCGAUUCUCGAAAUUGGUCCUCUUCUCCCAUAGCGCUGCUGCUGACUACCCAGCAGCAGAUGCCUACUCCAAGUGCUUACAAGAAGCCGAAGGCGUUCUGCAUGGCAUGUACGGAUAUGUUGAGGUCGCGCGGACGCAAAGAGGAGAAGAGCUCCCAAGACUCGUACCAGGAUUUGUCCUCGGUAGCAAUAACGGAGGGAGUUGGCAGAGCAAUGGCUUGUCUAGCAAAGAGGCGGUAAUGGUGACAUCUUUCAUGGACCAAGAUGACUACGAUUCUUACAAUGAGCCAAAUGUACCACUGGAGGGCCAGCUCCUAACCCGAAUGGACGAGCUGAAGAGAAUGAUUGUAUUGAACAUACGCAGGCUGGAAGAGCAUUUAGUUGCGCGGGAGAAACUUGUCACGCACAUUCGACACGAACAGAUUGGCAACAACGUCUGUCAAGCGGCUCAAGGCGUUCUUGGUGUCUUCAGGCCCUGGGUUUCUACCGUUGAGUCUAUCGACCUCUCACCACUUGCCCCCUCCCUGAGCAGCACUCAUCUAACAGACUUUGUUCUGCAGAAGCAAAGUCUGUACGACCUCGCAGCAAAGCUUGUUAUUGCUUGUCAGACUGUUGCAGCACCUUUGGGCGAUGAGUGGUCUGAGAACAGAGGCGAGCCCUUGGAAGAUCGCUUGAGUGAAGUGCGAUCACUCGUGCGUUCCUUGGAGAAUUGCAUAUCACAAGUAGGGUUUUCAAUGCAGCUCCUUCUUGACAUGAUGCCACGAGCAGAGUUGGACGGGCGUGAUGCUCCGGAGCAUCAUGAAAUAAAGAAGCACCGGACAGACCCUACCUCUUAUGAGUCGUCGACCAUGCCUCCUCCUUCAAAGAUCGUCAGACCAAGUCUUGGUGAUAUGAGCUUUCCCAAUUCAUACUCGGAAGGUAUGGAGCCACCUCCUGAACAGUUCCGCCCUCGGCAGCAGGAUAAUUCCAAGGUCAAGAAAUUCUUUGGUGAGGUGCCACGAGAUAUCGAAGAAGAGCCUUCAUUCCUGCGGCUGGAGCAUGAGGGGGAAAUUUCCUAUGAUAACAAGACGGAUACCCCAAUAUUACGUGGAGGCACUUUAACGGCGUUAGUUGAGCAAUUGACGCGACAUGACAGGCUGGAUUCGCCCUUCAACAACACGUUCCUACUUACCUAUAAAUCGUUCACCACGGCGAGCGAGCUCUUUGAAAUGCUAGUCAAACGUUUCAAUAUACAGCCUCCCCGAGGUAUCUCCGAGACAGACUACAAGACGUGGGUAGAUAAGAAGCAGAAACCGAUACGGUUCAGAGUUGUCAACAUCCUUAAAAGCUGGUUCGACAACUACUGGAUGGAGGAUACAAGUGAGGAGAGCAAUGAGCUUCUGAGGAGAGUACACUCUUUCGCAAAGGAUACAGUUGCUACCACCGCAACCCCUGGAUCGGCCCCGUUGAUGUCUUCGAUUGAGCGACGUAUGAAGGGUCAGGAUCCUAAUGCUAAAGGUCUAGUACCGACCCAGGCCACGUCAAUACCAGCUCCCAUCAUGCCAAAGAACAUGAAGAAGCUCAAAUUCCUUGACAUCGAUGCUACCGAAUUUGCUCGACAACUCACCAUCAUCGAGUCAAGGCUGUACGGAAGGAUAAAGCCUACAGAAUGUCUGAAUAAGCAGUGGCAAAAGAAAGUAGGGCCAACUGAGAAAGAGCCUGCGCCAAAUGUCAAAGCAUUGAUCCUGCACUCGAACCAGCUCACCAAUUGGGUGGCUGAGAUGAUCUUGAAUCAGCCCGAUGUCAAGAAGCGGGUCGUCGUCAUCAAACAUUUUGUUCAGGUCGCAGAUAAAUGUCGCUCGAUGAACAAUUUCUCGACAUUGACAUCCAUCAUAUCAGCCCUUGGCACUGCCCCAAUACAUCGGCUACAACGAACUUGGCAGCAAGUCAAUGCGCGAACACAGAACGUACUAGAGAGUAUGCGCAAAUUGAUGAGUAGCAGCAAGAAUUUUGCCGAAUACAGGGAGACCCUACAUUCCGCCAACCCUCCGUGCAUUCCUUUCUUUGGCAUCUACCUCACCGACCUUACCUUUAUUGAAGACGGUAUACCGUCCAUCAUCAAGCGCACCACCCUUAUCAACUUUGCGAAACGGGCAAAAACUGCCGAAGUAAUCCGCGAUAUCCAACAGUACCAAACCGUCCCAUAUCCCCUCAAGGCUGUUGGCGAUCUGCAGGAUUAUAUCCUCAGUAACAUGCAAGCUGCUGGAGAUGUGCAUGAGAUGUAUGACAAGAGCUUGCAAGUGGAGCCGCGAGAGCGAGAGGACGAAAAGAUUACAAGAAUACUACCAUCGUACACUCCCAUUGUCGACUUAGCAAAAGCUGCCGGCGAAUCUGCGGCGGACCUGCAGGGUUUGGCGUCCAAUCACACACUCGAGAGUCUGGUCUGGUGGACCUCGUUUGCCCUCAUAGAGCAUGGGUGGACAGCUGGGGCAGAGCUUGAUUCCCUCAUUCUGCUAGUGGCUGAGCUCAAUAACAAAGUGCCGUCGUUCUCAUCGCGAUCCCAAUUUCCACACGAGAAACGAGUGCAGAAACCUCUGCAAGAAGUGUACAGCCUCUUCAUCGAUGCGCAUAUCCACAUUGCAUCUUAUCUGUUGCAGCAUGACGCACCUCAGGAUGUUGAUCCCGCAAGGAACAGGGAGCUGGGAACGUAUAUCAGAGAAACCGGUGCACGACUCGAAGAAAUGAGAGGUAAACACAAAAUCAUGAUCGAUCAAGCAAAACUUGACGAAGAAAGAGAGAGAUACAGCAGAGAGCAACCUACUCUCAAUGGGCAACGCAGUUCAAUAGUCCACGUUUUCUUUCAGUCGCAAAGAAAUCUGGGGCAUGGAUCAUACGGUGCAGUUGACGAAGUACGCGAAAAGUCGACCGGCGACGCCUACGCCCGGAAACAUAUCUCUCUAAGGGCUGACGACGAUAAAUCUCCAGAUGUAAUCGAAAGAGAAGUAAAGAACGAGGUUGCCAUCAUGCAAAAGCUAAGCCACCUUCACAUUGCAAGGGUACUUUUCUACCUGAAAGAAGGAACCGACGCCUACAGUAUUUUCAUGCUCCCAGUCGCAGACUGCGAUCUUCGAGAAUAUUUGAACAAGUGUACCAAAAGAGCAUAUCCUCCCAAAAUGACCAAGAACAUUUUCCCUUGGUUCGGCUGUAUACUUGAUGCGCUCGCUUACGCUCACAAAUUGGACAUCAGGCAUCAAGACAUCAAACCAUCGAACAUACUGAUCAAGAACGAGCAGCCUUAUCUUUCAGACUUCGGACUCGCAAAGGAUUUCGCAGAAUUGAACACAAGCAAAUCGAAAGGAGACAAGGUGCAAGGGACUCCGGUCUACCGGGCGCCAGAAGUUAUCCCCAAGAAAAGCCGCGGCCGUAAAGCUGACGUUUUCGCCUUGGGGUGCGUCUAUUCAGAAAUGCUUACUGUUUCUCAAGGAAUCUCUUUGGAGCAGUAUCGCGAUUAUAGGCAAGAAGCAGGCUCGACUGCGUUCCGUGAUUGCUUGCCAAAGGUGGAAAGGUGGCUUAAGGGGUUUGAGAGGAAGCCACUCGUUGACAUAUUAGUGGAUCAAAUUCUAGACAUGAUUGAGGAAGAUCCUGAUAAGAGGCAGAGUGCGGAAGAAGCCGUGAAGUUCCUGAAGCGAGAGCGUUCAUUAUUUUGUGUAGAGUGA